AUGUUGAUUACAAAAACUUUGAUGACAUUACCUGAUUGCUAUAGGCACUUCUACAGUGCAUGGGACUCAAUGAAUAGUGCAAAUAGAACACUAGAACAGUUAACCACUCGAUUGAUGGUGGAAGAAACACGACAAGUGCAAGGACAGGAGGUCCGUGAUGAUGGUGCUGAAAGUAGUGCUUUGACUGCAACCAAAGGCAAGUAUAAUAAAAGUCAAAAAUACGUGAACAAAAAUGAUAAUACAAAACCAGGAAAAUUCAAUCACUGUAAAAAACCAGGACAUUGGAAAAGGGACUGCAGGAUAUUCAAAAAGGAACAAGAAGAAAAGAAAUCAACUUCCGGUUUGCGCUUAUUGGUGUACAAAGAAAAAAUGAAUAAAUCGACGACUCAGACAAAUGGUAUGUAG